ACGGGUCGGACGCACCUCCCCCCGACUUUCCCGCCAGCUGCGGCCGCGCGGCGGAUGCGGUGCCUGUAGGUGCUCGGAGCGACUGAGCGGUCAGGCCCUUCUCCCUUCAUCAUGUCGCGACAAAGCACCCUGUACAGCUUCUUCUCCAAGUCCCCGGUGGCCGGUGACACCAACAAGGCCGCGGCCCGGGCCUCACGCGAAGGCGCCGCCGCUGCCUCCGGAGCCUCCGCUUCCCGCGGCGGGGCUGCGGCCUGGAGCGAGGCUGAUGAGCCUGAGUCUCGGCUGGUGUCCGCCUCGUCACCGGAGGCGAAGAAUCUCAACGGAGAGUCGCGGAAGUCGGCUCCGCCGGCCGAACCCGCCAGUUCUUGUGACUUCUCACCAGGUGAUUUGGUUUGGGCUAAGAUGGAAGGUUACCCCUGGUGGCCUUGUCUGGUUUAUAACCAUCCUUUUGAGGGAACAUUCAUCCGGAAGAAAGGGAAAUCAGCUCGUGUUCAUGUUCAGUUUUUUGAUGACAGUCCAACAAGGGGCUGGGUUAACAAAAGGAUGUUAAAGCCUUAUACAGGUUCAAAGUCAAAGGAAGCCCAAAAGGGAGGUCAUUUCUACAGCUCAAAGUCUGAAAUACACAGAGCAAUGCAACGUGCAGACGAAGCCUUAAAUAAAGACAAGGUUAAGAGGCUUGAGUUGGCAGUGUGUGAUGAGCCUUCAGAGCCUGAAGAGGAAGACGAGACAGAGGUGCACCAGGUUUAUGUAUCAGAUAAAAGUGAAGAGGAUGAUGAAAAUGCCAGUGAAGAAGCACAGCCUGAGAUGCAGAGGGCUAGGCGAAGCAGCCGGCAAAUAAAAAAGCGGAGGGUCAUCUCAGAUUCUGAGAGUGACAUUGGUGGCUCUGAUGUGGAAUUCAAGCCAGACACUAAGCAAGAAGGAAGCAGUGAUGAAGUGAGCAGUGGAGCGGGAGACAGUGACAGUGAAGGCCUGGGCGCCUUUGCCAAAGGUGCUCCCAAACGGAAGAGAGCGAUGGCUGCUCACGGUGCACUUAAAAGGAAAAGUUCAAAGAAGGAAACAGCCGCAGCCAAACGAGCAACUCGCAUUUUGUCAGAAACCAAGAGUACCUUGAGUGCGUUCUCAGCCCCUCAGAGUUCUGAAUCCCAAGCCCAUGUCAGUGGAGGAGGUAAUGACAAUAGUGGGCCCACUACUUGGUAUCAUGAAACGUUAGAAUGGCUUAAGCCAGAAAAGAGAAGAGAUGAGCACAGGAGACGACCUGAUCACCCUGAUUUUAAUCCCUCCACCCUGUACGUGCCUGAAGAUUUCCUUAAUUCUUGUACUCCAGGGAUGAGAAAGUGGUGGCAGAUCAAGUCUCAGAACUUUGACCUUGUCAUCUUUUAUAAGGUGGGCAAGUUUUAUGAAUUGUAUCAUAUGGAUGCUAUCAUUGGAGUAAAUGAGCUGGGGCUGAUAUUCAUGAAGGGCAACUGGGCCCAUUCUGGCUUUCCAGAAAUCGCAUUUGGCCGCUUUUCAGACUCCUUGGUGCAGAAGGGCUAUAAAGUAGCACGAGUGGAACAGACUGAGACUCCAGAGAUGAUGGAGGCGCGGUGCCGAAAGCUGGCACACGUGUCUAAGUUUGACAGAGUGGUGAGAAGAGAGAUUUGUAGGAUCAUUACCAAGGGCACACAGACCUAUGGUGUGCUGGAUGGUGACCCUUCUGAAAACUACAGUAGGUAUCUUCUUAGCCUCAAAGAGAAAGAGGAAGACUCUUCUGGUCACACUCGGGUAUAUGGUGUGUGCUUUGUUGACACUUCACUGGGCAAGUUUUUCAUGGGCCAGUUUUCAGAUGACCGCCACUGUUCCAGAUUUAGGACUCUAGUGGCACACUAUCCUCCCGUACAGAUUUUGUUUGAGAAAGGAAAUCUCUCAACAGAAACCAAAACAGUUCUGAAGGGCUCAUUGUCCUCUUGUCUUCAGGAAGGUCUGAUACCAGGCUCCCAAUUUUGGGAUGCCACUAAGACUUUGAGAACACUCCUCGAAGGAGGGUAUUUUGCUGGAAAGCUCAAUGAAGACAGUGGGGUAGUGCUGCCCCAGGUGCUCAAAGGUAUGACCUCGGAGUCCGAUUCUCUUGGGCUAACUCCAGGGGAGGAGAGAGAGUUGGCUCUCUCGGCUCUAGGUGCUUGUGUCUUUUACCUCAAAAAAUGCCUGAUUGAUCAAGAGCUUCUGUCGAUGGCUAAUUUUGAAGAGUAUUUUCCUUUGGAUUCUGACAUGAUCAGUACAGUAAGACCUGGUGCUGUCUUUACUAAAGCCAAUCAGCGAAUGGUGCUAGAUGCAGUGACGUUAAACAACCUGGAGAUUUUCCUGAAUGGGACAAAUGGUUCUACUGAAGGGACUCUGAUAGAGAGACUGGAUACCUGCCAUACCCCCUUUGGCAAGCGGCUCCUCAAACAGUGGCUGUGUGCCCCGCUCUGUAGCCCUUCUGCCAUCAGUGAUCGUUUGGAUGCUGUAGAAGACCUGAUGGCUGUGCCUGACAAAAUCACUGAAAUUGCAGACCUCCUAAAGAAGCUCCCUGAUCUUGAGAGGCUGCUGAGCAAGAUUCAUAAUGUUGGGUCUCCCCUCAAGAGCCAGAACCACCCAGAUAGCAGGGCUAUCAUGUAUGAAGAAACUACAUAUAGCAAAAAAAAGAUCAUUGAUUUUCUAUCUGCUCUAGAAGGAUUCAAAGUAAUGUGUAAAAUUAUAGAGCUUAUGGAGGAUGUCGCCGGUGAUUUUAAGUCUAAAGCCCUUAAGCAGGUUGUUACUCUACAGACUAAAAGUCCUGAGGGCCUAUUUCCUGAUCUGACCUCAGAGCUGAACCGAUGGGAUACAGCCUUUGACCACGAGAGGGCUCGAAGGACUGGACUCAUUACUCCAAAAGCCGGCUUUGACUCAGACUAUGACCAAGCACUUGCUGACAUACGAGAGAAUGAGCAGAGCCUCCUGGAGUACUUAGAGAAGCAGCGCAGUCGGAUCGGCUGUAGGACCAUAGUCUACUGGGGAAUUGGUAGGAACCGUUACCAGUUGGAGAUUCCAGAGAAUUUUGCUACCCGUAAUCUACCUGAAGAAUAUGAGUUGAAAUCUACUAAAAAGGGCUGUAAACGAUACUGGACCAAAACAAUUGAGAAGAAAUUGUCAGAUCUUAUAAAUGCUGAAGAACGAAGGGACAUGUCUCUGAAGGACUGCAUGCGGCGGCUGUUCUAUAACUUUGAUAAAAAUUACAAGGACUGGCAAUCUGCUGUAGAGUGCAUUGCAGUGUUAGAUGUCUUACUGUGCCUGGCUACCUACAGUCAAGGAGGAGAUGGUCCUAUGUGUCGCCCAGUAAUUCUGUUACCAGGAGAAGACACACACCCUUUCUUAGAGCUUAAAGGGUCACGACAUCCCUGCAUUACAAAGACUUUUUUUGGAGAUGAUUUUAUUCCUAAUGAUAUUCUAAUAGGCUGUGAGGAAGAAGCAGAGGAAAAAGGCAAAGCCUAUUGUGUGCUUGUUACUGGACCAAAUAUGGGGGGGAAAUCUACACUCAUAAGACAGGCUGGUCUAUUAGCUGUAAUGGCCCAGAUGGGUUGUUAUGUGCCUGCUGAAAUGUGUAGGCUCACACCAGUUGAUAGAGUGUUUACUAGACUUGGUGCCUCAGAUAGAAUAAUGUCAGGUGAAAGUACAUUUUUUGUUGAAUUGAGCGAAACUGCUAGCAUACUCAGGCAUGCAACUGCACAUUCUUUGGUGCUUGUGGAUGAAUUAGGAAGAGGUACUGCAACUUUUGACGGGACAGCGAUAGCGAAUGCAGUUGUGAAAGAACUUGCUGAAACCAUAAAGUGUCGAACACUGUUUUCUACACACUAUCAUUCCUUAGUAGAAGACUAUUCUAAAAAUGCUUGUGUGCGCCUGGGACAUAUGGCAUGCAUGGUAGAAAAUGAAUGUGAUGAUCCCAGCCAGGAGACGAUUACCUUCCUCUAUAAAUUCAUUAAGGGAGCUUGUCCUAAGAGCUAUGGCUUUAAUGCAGCAAGGCUUGCUAACCUCCCAGAGGAGGUUAUUCAAAAGGGACACAGAAAAGCAAGAGAAUUUGAGAAGAUGAAUCAGUCACUAAGACUAUUUCGGGAAGUUUGUCUGGCUAGUGAAAGGUCAACUAUAGACACUGAAGCUGUCCAUAGGUUGCUGACUUUGAUUAGCGAACUGUAGACUACGUUGGAAACUGAGUUGACUUUUGACAAAGGUGGUAAAUUCAGACAACAUUAUGAUCUAAUAAACUUUAUUUUUUAAAAAUGACCAUUUUUUCCAUUUUCUUUCUAGGAAAUUAAACCCUUUUAAUUCUUAUCUACCUUCUACAUAAUGGUUAUUGAGUACUCCACAAUAUAUUAAGUCUAGAUGUUAUGGUACAUGCAUACACUUUCAGGCUGUUUAUACCCACUGUCACCAAUACACAUAAAUGGGGGAGGGAGCUAUGAAACUGUAUAGGGCCGUAUAUAUACCGGUCUCAGCUUAAUGUAGGAAAUUCCUUUAAUUUCCAGCUGUUUUGUCUAAACUGUUCAAAUAAAAACUAUGAACAGAGUUCAAAUACAGGACUGUUUUGAAGAGACUUUCUAAAGUGUACUUUAAAACAUAGUAGUUUUUACCUUUCACAAAAACUGAGAUACAAGAAUACUUUUGUUUUACAGUGCAUCCCUUCCUAGGAAGUCUCAUUAAAACACUCACUUUUUCUAGGGGUGAUUUUUGAAUGCUGCACAGGAAAGGGAAGGAAAUAAUAAUCUUAACUUUUCUUAAAGGAUACCAGAAACAUUGCUGGAUAUAAUUUAAGAUUAGUGUUUUUCUCUUUCAUAGAAAGAACGUACAUACUGGGACAUGAGUACAGUUACAGCAAGUCUAGGUGUGCUAACAAAACAGGGCACAUUCAAGUACAAUAAGAUUUGCUUGAAAUUAAAAACAAACUACAUGAGAUUAAAGCAUUAAAAUCAUACUCUCAAUCUGAAUACAUGUUAAAAAAAAAUCAAUGCAGAAGUGCUAGCUCACAUUUUUUACCAUAUUACAAAAGCAAUUGGUACCCAUGUCCAUAAAGGCAGCAACAAAGCUGCUUGUCUAUUGAAGAUUACUACUGCAAAUCAGACUGCAUUCAAUGCUAGUUGUAAAAACACCAGCUUUUUCACAAGUUGGUAUCUGUACAAAAUUGCAGCUUAUUUCUUCACUUCUGUCCCUUCAAAAGUCUUUACACAGUAAUGCUAAAAUACCCAGCUUUGAGAUCCUGAGUCAACAUAUUGCCACUUUCUUUUUGGUAGCUUGAGCUUCAUAGUGUCAACUGACCUUGUGUAUCUUUUUUUUUUCUU